AUGUGGGGCUGGUUGGUGUACUUGUUGGAGUUGGUGGCCUUCCCCUUCUUCGUCCAUCGGGUGGUGCUGCCGCAACUGAAGCCCAAGGCGGCGACCUCAACAACGCCCUUGGCCGCGCUCAUCCAGCCGCCCCUCGCUUACCUCCUUCUGCCCGCCGUGGUGCUCUUCCUUCUUUCGCCCCUCUUCCUCAUCGAUGAGGGCCACACCUACAACAAUUUCUUCACGUACUUCCUCGUGUUCGAGCAAUUCAUCCUCGUUUUGCACACCUUCGAGCUGCUCUUCAUCGAUGCCGAUCUGCAGAAGGACUACAUCUCCUCGUUCCUUCGAUUCGCGGCCUACCUCUACAUCCCGGCCAAGAUCACCAAGAUGACGAGGAAUCUGGGCACCGACUCGCUCGCUUCCACAUCUUCGGAGGCUCUACUCGAUCCAUCGAGCGAGGAGGCGCGCAAGGCCAAGAGGAGGCAGCACAUCGCGCAGGAGAUUCUGUCUACCGAGAAGGCCUACGUGGGCUACCUCAAGACCUUCGACAAGUGGUUCAUGAAGCGUCUCUCCAUGCGCGACACACCGCUUCUCUCCAAGGAUGAGGUCAGGACCAUCUUCUCCAACCUGGAGACCAUCAUCGGAGUGAACGAGAAGCUGCUGGAGGAGCUGGAGGGCAGGAUCGACAACUGGUCGCCCGAGCAGAAGAUCGGCGACGUGUUCCUCACCUUCGUGCCGUUCCUCAAGACCUACACCAUCUACAGCAGCAACUACUCGAGCGCGCUGCAAACGUACCUGCGCUGCAUGAAGGAGAACAAGGGCUUUGCCCAGUUCAUCAAGGACACCGCGAAGUACCCCGAAUGCUCCUUCCACGACGCCAGCGACUACCUCAUCAUGCCCAUCCAGAGAGUGCCGCGCUACAUUCUUCUGUUGAGGGCACCGGAGCUCACCCCGGCUCGUUUUGGACUGCGCGUGCAGGAUCUGCUGAAGAACACUGACGAGAGCCACGUGGACUACGACGAUCUCUCCAAGGCCUUGAAGAUGACCCAAGAAGUCGCCGACUACCUCAACGAGCGCCUCAAGGUGGCAGAGAACAUGCAGAAGGUGGCCGACAUCCAGCGCAGCUUUGGUCGCGACGCUCCGGUCCUGGUGGCGCCCAGCCGGCGCUUCGUCAACGAGGCCAAGGUCAAGUACCUGCACAAGAACCAGGCGCAGGACGUGCAGCUGUUCCUCCUGAACGAGACCCUCGUUUGCGGUAAGCCCAAGACCAAGAAGGAGCACAAGUACAAGUUCCUCUUCCAGAUCGAUCUGCUCUCCAUCGAGUCUGUGGACGACACCAGCGGCCAGCGAGUCGACCUGCCGCACGGGUUCCGGGUGCUGACCAAGUCCAAGGAGUCGCACUACUUUGGCGCCGCCACCAGGAACGAUCAGAUAUGGUGGAUCCAAGCGGUGCUCGACCAGAAGAACAACACCCAGAAAGUUCUGGCCCGUCCUGACCGCCGCAGUCUGCGCCAGCCGGAGCUGGAGCGGAGCGUCCGCGUGAAGAAUCCGCUCUCGAUCCGUCGCCACCGGAAGGAGACCGUGGCCGGCUUCACCGUCGAGGUGGGCGUCGAGGAGGAGCCGCUCGACCUCGCCUCCAUCCAGCGCAAGACCGCCGACCUCCUCGCGCGCGGCGACCUCAAGGGCCUCGUCUACUACGUGGCCAGCAUUCUUAAGGUCAUCCUUAAGAGCGACGAUGACAAGGACGGCUCCGUGUUCAUCUUUCCGCGCGAGCUGGCCAUCAAGCGCGGCAUCCGCGGCGCCACCAAGCUCGCGCUGGCCCUGGUCGUGCGGCUGGUCUACGUCGUGGUGGGCCUCACGCUGUCGUGGGCCGUGUACUACCUGCCGUGGCUCGCCAACGCCCGCUUCCUGCUGGUCCACGGCGCCGUCCACUUCCUGGCCUUCUCGGCCCUGCUCGACUUUGUCAUGGCCGGCUUCGGCUGGGCCAUCGUGCGCGAGGCCGAGGCCCAGACCGGAGGCGUCAGCGACCCGUCGUCGGUGUACUACCACAUCGCCGAGGCCAUCUACGAUCCCUACUUCUCCGCGUCGCUCGGCGAUUUCUGGGGCCGCCGCUACAACACGGGCCUCCACGACACCCUCUCGAUUCUCAUCCGAUCGGUCGUACCGUCGUCGUCGUCGUCAUCAUCAUCAUCACCGGCGACCAAGGAGACGGAGGCGGUGCGACGCGCGCUCACCGGCCUGCCGCUGUACCUGGUGGUGGUGGGCCUGCUCAACUUCGUGAUCUACUUCGUGGUCGAGCGUCAGCUGGUCUUCUCCGUGCUCCUGUUCUUCUCCAUCCACGCGUGCCUCGUCCUCCUCCAGGCCCUCGUCGCCGAAGCCGACGCCGACGCGACGUCAUCUUCUGCGUCGCCGGCGUCCAACCUGCUGCUCUUCGUGGGCCAGAAGCUCCAGAAGGCGCGCGAUGUGGCGCUGCCUGCGGCCAACGUGCGCAAGUGGGCCGGCGCGGGCCUGUUCUGGCUGGCGCUCUACCUCACGCUCCCGCUCUACUUUGCCGACGACCACGACCAGCACCACCACGGCGCCUCAUCUUCCGGACCCACCUUCUUCUUCAACAUCUGGGUUGCCGCCACCCCCACCCCCACUCCCGUUGUUGCCUCUUCUUGGUGGUGA